AUGAAGAGGAAGCAACUGUGGAUUGGGAUCCUGACAGCAGUGCUCUUGGUUCUCAUUGUAUUCCUUGGCUUUUUCUUUGGGCUGCGCUCUAAGUCCUCUUUUGCGCAACAAGAUCUGCAUGUCUAUAGGAGUGCAGCCGUGGCCACAGAUGCAGGUCCGUGUUCCAUUGUGGGGAGGGAUAUCCUUCAGAAAGGGGGAUCAGCUGUGGAUUCUGCCAUUGCAGCUCUGCUCUGUGGGGGCCUGAUGAAUCCUCACAGCAUGGGUAUCGGAGGGGGCCUCUUCUUUACUAUAUAUACCACUGAUGGGAAAGUGGAAGUCAUUAAUGCCAGAGAGGUGGCACCCAAGAACGCAUCUAAGGACAUGUUCGGCAACAACACAAGCCUGUCCCAGAAAGGAGGACUGUCCAUUGCUGUUCCUGGAGAAAUCCGUGGUUAUCAAAUGGCGCACGAGCGCCAUGGCAAGUUGCCAUGGAAGGAACUGUUUCAGCCCAGCAUCAAAUUGGCAAGAGAAGGUUUCCCUGUUGGGAAAGGCCUGGCCGGAGCUCUCAGCAGCAAGCAGAAGGCGAUUGAAAGGAAUCCAUCUUUGUGUGAGGUCUUCUGCAGAGGAGGAAAAGUCCUCAGAGAGGGGGAGAUACUCAGACUGCCUAAACUAGCAAACACCUAUGAGGCACUAGCCAACGAGGGACCAGAUGCCUUUUAUAACGGGAGCUUAGCUCAGCAAAUUGUCACAGACAUCAAGAAUGCAGGGGGGAUCGUUACCCUUGAAGACCUGCAGGAUUAUAAGCCAAUUCUAGAUGAAAAUCCAUUAAAUGUAACCCUUGGUGAGUUCACAAUGUACGUGCCCAGCGCCCCACUGAGUGGUCCUGUGCUAGUGCUCAUCCUCAAUAUUCUGAAAGGAUUCAAUUUCUCCAGCCACAGUGUCGAGACUUUGGAAGAAAAGGGCUUGACUUACCACCGCAUUGUGGAGGCUUUCCGUUUUGCCUAUGCGAAGAGGACUUUGUUGGGGGACCCAGCGUUUGUCAACAUCACUGGGGUUAUCAGCAACAUGACAUCAGAGUCCUUUGCAGCUAACCUGCGGGCCAAACUCACUGACAACUCUACCCAUACGGUUGGAUACUAUGAGCCGGAAUACUACACUCCAGAUAAUGCCGGUACAUCCCACAUCUCCAUUGUGGCUGAUGAUGGCAGUGCUGUGUCCGCCACCAGCACCAACAACCAAUACUUUGGGUCAGAUGUUCGUUCCACUGUGUCUGGAAUUAUAUUCAAUGAUGAAAUGGACGACUUCAGCUCCCCUCUAAUUAUUAAUGGCUUUGGGGUUCGACCUUCGCCCGCCAACUUCAUUUCCCCAGGUAAGCGACCUUUGUCUUCCAUGUGUCCAGCCAUUCUGGUGGAUAAGAAUAACAAACCGAAGUCUCAUGGCAAUAAUACAGAACAAAGCCAGGCAAUCAUCCAUUCCCUUUGGUUUGGCUACGAUGUUAAAAAGGCUGUGGAAGCACCUCGAGUCCACAAUCAGUUGUUCCCUAAUGUUACCCAACUGGAGGAUGCUCUGGAAAAGGGAGUGGAAGAAGAGUUAAAGAAAAGACUGCACGUGACUGAACGGGUCAAUGGGGGAGCUGUCGUGCAGGCCAUUCUCAGGACGGAUGGGGGCUGGGCUGCAGCAUCAGAUUCUCGGAAAGGGGGAUACCCAGCCGGCUAUUGA